AUGGCAAGGAGGAUUUUAUUCCAAAUCUUCUUAUGUGGUUUUAUCAAGGCUUCUUGUAUAUGGAAAAAGUGGAGAAAAGGAAAAUUCACUCACAGACAUCACUAA